GGCCCAAGGAGAAAGGAGGGGGGUGGAAGGAGAAGGGAGGGAGAAGAGCCCGCCGCCAUCUUAGCGUCGCUACUAGUGCUACUGCUGAGGAGAGAACGGGAAAGCCUCGGAGGCGCCCAGCCGGGGCUCUAACGGCCAAAAGGGAGGGGGAGGUGGGCUGUGAUCAGAUUCUUUGCCUGCUAGACGCCCUUCUCCACUAGCAGCUCCUGUGUCUCGGGGUGGUGGGGAGCCCACCCAUUUGGGCCAGCCAUGGAUCCGGCGUUCCCCAAUCCAUCCCAGGACCCAAGCCAAGAAGACGGCAUGGCUGCAGACGACUUCGAUAUUGUUAUAGAGGCCAUGCUGGAGGCCCCAUACAAGAAAGAAGAGGCCCAGCCAGGACCCUCAAAGCCACCAGCCGAUCCCCCUACAGCACAGCCACCUCAAGAGGAGCAAGGAAAGGAGACAAAGAAAGACAGUGCCCCCAGCAGCAGUGGAGAAAGCAGCAGCAAAAAGAAGAAAAGCAGGAGCCGGAGCAGGAGCCGUGACCACAGACACAGCCGUAGCCGGGACCGAGACCGCCACCGCAGGCGCAGCCGGAGCCGGGAUCGCCGCAGCCGUCACCGGAGCAGAAGCCGCCAUCGAAGCCGCAGCCGGGAUCGGAGACGGGGAAGCAGGUCUCGCAGCAGAGAGCGCCGGCGGGAUGAGAGAGUGCGUUAUCGCAGCCCUCCACCCCCUGGGCGGCGCUUUGGACACAGCAAGAGUCCCCUCUACAGAGAGAAGAGCCCUCUCCGAGAGCCCUUGGGCAGCUUGAGCCCAGAAGAACGUGAUGCCCGUACAGUGUUCUGCAUGCAGUUGGCUGCCCGUAUUCGCCCACGUGACCUUGAGGACUUUUUCUCUGCCGUUGGGAAGGUGCGUGAUGUCCGAAUCAUCUCUGACCGAAACUCCCGCCGCUCCAAGGGCAUUGCCUAUGUGGAGUUCUGCGAAAUCCAGUCAGUGCCAUUGGCCAUUGGGCUGACUGGGCAGCGCCUCCUUGGUGUGCCUAUCAUCGUCCAGGCCUCCCAGGCGGAAAAGAACCGGCUGGCUGCAAUGGCAAACAACCUUCAAAAAGGCAGCGGGGGGCCCAUGAGACUCUACGUUGGCUCUCUUCACUGCAACAUCACCAAAGAGAUGCUGCGUGGGAUCUUUGAGCCCUUUGGCAAGAUUGACAGCAUUGUUCUGAUGCGUGACCAAGAUACUGGGCAGUCCAAGGGCUACGGCUUCAUCACAUUUGCAGAGUCAGAAUGUGCCCGGCGUGCCCUGGAGCAGCUGAAUGGUUUCGAACUAGCUGGCCGGCCCAUGCGUGUUGGGCAAGUCACUGAACGUCUGGACGGCACCACUGAUAUCACCUUCCCUGACGGAGACAACGAACCGGACCGAUCAGCCCUGAAUCUUGGUGCCACUGGCUCCCAGCUGCAGCUCAUGGCCAAACUGGCUGAAGCAGGUUCUGGGAUCCCUCUCUCGACUACAGCAGCAGCUCAGGCUGCCCUACAACUCAAUGGAGCGAUACCCCUGGGAGCACUGAACCCAGCAGCCCUGACAGCUCUCAGCCCGGCACUGAACCUGGCUUCACAGACAUUGGCCUCCCAGUGCUUCCAGCUUUCGGGUCUCUUCACUCCCCAAACAAUGUAACACCACCCGGUUCCCUCCCUGCCCUCCCUCUCCCAAGGAGCCAGGAGGGGAAUGAUCAUCUCCACGCCAUCACCUCACCACCCUCAUUGAGUACAAGGCAAGGGGGAUGGACUCUGAAGGAACCCCCUCUUCCUGGGGGACCUUGUUAACACGAACUGAUUUUACUCUGAUUUCCCUCCCACCAGGUGCUGGGGAGGGGUCUUUGUUCUUUCCCUUGGUUGUGGAAUCAGAAUUGGAGGGGGUGCUUUAUUCCCCAUGUGGGAGCCUCAGAGGGACCGGGGGACUCCUUUCCUCCCCCUCCCUAGUGUGGGAUUUCAGCAUCUCUUACAUUUUUUUUCCUCUGGCAAGAG